AUGGCGGCCGCCGGAGAUAGCAGAUUUAAGAUGAAUAAUAAAUUGAACUUCACUGCAAGUCAGUUGCGGGGCUUAAUUUCGGAUCCAUUCACUAAACAAAGUUUGAUCAGCAAGUACCAUCUGCCGGAGAAACGUAGUAUCGACAGGGCCUGGGAGAUGUUGGAUAAAUUAGUGAAAUUGUGCCAACACCAAAGGAUGAAUUUGAAACACUCCCCACCAUACAUUCUUGACAUUCUGCCAGAUAUAUACUUACAAAUGAAACUUAUACAGAACCAUUACGGUGGAAAAUGGCAUGAGUUAAUGGAAAUCGACUACUUUGUCGUCUUCAUGAUCAACCUGUACGAUAAGUGUGAGAAGUGCAUGGAGCUCUUCUCCAAUCACUCCUAUAAUAUCUACAAUGAGGACUCUAUUGGAAGGCUAGUUGAGUGA